AUGCUAAAGCCUUGGCUUAAGAAACCCAUAGGUGGGGGGCCUGCUCCGUUGCUUCACAACCCUGUUAAGCGGUUAUUCCGAAUAUUGCUAUAUCUUCAUAUGUCCCUGUUAUCCCUAUCUGCCUUUACUGCUGGAUUUCCCUUUGUCCACGACCUCCGUUGCUCAGCACUCACCACUUCACUAAUUAAUGCGUCUAUAUCCGCAGUAAUGUCCACGAUAAUGACGCUAUAUUAUGGACUUGUCGGUAAUAGGCACUGGGGUACUGAAGCGGAAUGGGGAAUCACAGUUGUUGUCACUGCAUCUCUGUCACUGAUUGACCUCGCUGCCAGUGUCUGGGGAAUUUACGUACUUUGCAUUUCUUCGGUUAGGAUAUACCAAGCCUACGUGGAGCCAGAAAAUUACAAGGUUGAGCCGGAAUGUUUUUACGUAAAAGCCGCGAUAUUCUAUGCAUCUUCAUUCGCUGUAAUCCUACUGCACGUCAUUGUAUCGAUGGUAUGUCUGGUUGUAGCACUUAUACUCUCGAGAAGGGCCACUAGGUGUCUCCAGGAGAUACGCUCACUAGUGUAA